UUUAGAUGAUCUAUAUGCUUUCCCAGCAAGCUUUGGCUUUAAAGGAGAGGCUCUGAACUCUAUUUCUGAUGUUUCUUUGUUGGAUAUUGUUACCAAACUCAUGGGAUGCCAAAUGGAUAUCUUAAGGUUUUGAGGACGGCAAGUGUUUGUACCUUGGAAUUGAUGAUUGCAGACAAGAUGUUGGUACAACAGUCAUUGUUCGUGAUGUAUUUUACAAUCAACCAGUUCGAAAGAAGCAAAUGCACUCCAAUCCAAAGAGAGUCUUCAUUCUCCAAAAGAGUUCCUUCUAAGAAUCAGCCUUGUGCAUCCCAGUGUUCCCUUCAAAAUUGUUUAUAUCGAAAGCGAGGAGGACUUGCUUUGCACACGUGCUUCUCCUUGCCUUUGUUGUUCAGUGGGUUUGGGAUUAAUCUGAGUUCCUUUAACAAAUUGAAUGCAAGCGUUGGUGCAUUCAAGCUUUCAGGAUACAUUUGAGUUUUUCUCAAAAUUUACGUCAAUUUUCAUAGAUCCAGAUAUUUGCUACAUCAAUCUUCUUGGAGCCUUGCUAUCUUUAGGAGAUGGCGACAUCCAGCUGCAUAUUGAUUUUUUUUAAUUUUUGGCCAAGUAUUUUUUGAAAUGAUAUGGUUCUUUGUUGUUUCUCCCUGAUUUCUUGAAAUUCCUAAUAGAAUUUUUAUUGCAUACAUUUGUAAUGCUUGUUAAUAAGUUUGUGAUAUUUUUUCACUGCACCACGAGAAAUAUAUUUGUCGUGGGAUUUUUAUGCUUAUGGUGACUAGUUGAUUCUUAAUGUUAUUUGUAUGUUUGUUGCCCCGUCCUUCUCUUUAUUGAGGAUACUGUUGCGAAUCUCUGGACUGGAAGUAACUCUCGGUGAGAGCAAUUGUACUCUACAUUUUUAUGCAACAUCACUUAGGAUACAUUUUGUUUGAUGUGGCUUUGUCCACUCUACAUUCCCUUCCUGUAGGCUGUAGUUCCCCACCUACCUCCCUAAAAGUAGGGAGGGAGGGGGACCUAAUUGUGGAAGGUUUCAUUAGUGGAAGAAAGUUACUUAUGCAUCAGAUGGUGUAAAUCAUUUCAGUGUUAUGACAUCGUAUAGUUUUAUCGCUUUCUUUUCUCUUAUGAAUGAAGUUGUUGAAGUACCCUCCUCAUCUAUUGUUAUCCCAUUCCCUGCUCCUCUUUUCAGAUAUACCUGUGAUUUAUGAGAUCAAGAAAAAGAGGUGCAGAGCCCAGAGUUGCAAAGCUACACUUGAGCUUCCUUCCCGCAGCCAAAGAAAAUCCCAGAAGGAUUAAAAUUGCCUGAAGUAUGUACUAAGUCUCGGGAGAUAUACUCAAUAAAAUUGCAAAGAUCAUUAUAUGGUCUUAAAUAAUCAGGGCGUACGUGGUAUAAUCGUCUUAGUGAGUACUUGAUAAAUGAAGGUUAUAUAAAUGAUGUCAUUUAUCCAUUUGUUUUUAUUAAGAAAACGAAAUCAGAGUUUGUUAUA